ACAAUUUUGACGCCCACUCCACUCGUGACUCAGUACACCCACUUUGUUGCGACAGUUGUUUCAUGUCGAUUCCAACAACACCUCGUUCGAAAACAUCGUUCAACCCAGUAACACCAACUACGAAACGUACAGCAGCUACACAUAUCGUUCAAUCAUCUCCUCAUUACACUACCACGCGGAGACAUUCACUCUAUGGCGUUGAAGAUCGAGUCGUGAUUGAUCCAGGCUCUCGCGUAUGGAAGGUGGGAUUUAGUGGUGAAGGGCGGCCGCGAGAGGUUUUUUAUGCAACGGAGGGUGCUUCCUCGUUAUGGACGUUACGCCGAGCUGCCGAUGCUGCUGAAAGGGCGGAAGAAGACAGGAUGUUGGAGGUGAAGAUGGAGAAAUGCUUGAGAUCCGUCUUUCAUGAUUCUCUGUUGACUGACCCAAAGGCUCGUAAAGUGAUUAUCGUUGAACACCCAUUAUUACCCAUCUAUACCAAGGAUACGCUAGCUCGGGUAUUAUUCGAAAACUUACAGGUUCCAUCAGUGUCAUUUGCGUCAAGUCACCUUCUAUCUUUGCUCGCGGUCGGUCGUAUAACAGGCCUUGUUCUUGACUGUGGUUACCUAGAAUCUGUUGCCCUUCCGAUAUUCGCCUCGCGUCCCCUCUUCCCCCAAAUCCAAACAACUCCAUUAGCUGGGUCUCGGUUACACUCCCACCUCCGCUCCCUAUUACUGUUAUUCGGAACCUAUCUUCCACCCACUUCUCCUGGCCCAGUCAAUAUUCCGACCGCCAGUCGAUCUAUGCGAGUUCCACCCGAAAUACUCACCGACAGUAUUUUAGAUGAACUUCUAACACGCUGUUGCUUCGUUGGGGAACCUCUUUUAUCCGUCUCAAGUAAUGAUACACGCGACGUGACUCCAGGAUUGGACGAAGGUUCCGAAACGGACCUCCCACCAAGUAGUGACGCCACCCAGUCCGAGUCAGAUUUCUCACAUGUUGGCCGCGAUAGUAACGUGUCAUCUGCUCAAGCUUCAACCUCGGAUUUCUCUGUGAUCUCCGAUCCACGUACUCCUGUUGGAGCGGAUCCACGCGCUGGUGGAUUGCAGGGUCUGGCGAACUUGUACACACGCCAUUCAACCGCCACCGAUUUAAGGCUGCGAGUGGCUCCACUACCAGGUGGUGGUGGUUUGGGGUACGCUACACUCAUUAUACCGGGAUGGGUUAGGGAACGUGCGGCGGAGAUUCUUUUCGAACCCGGGGAUGUGGACGAAAAAAGUGUAGCUGAAGUGAUAUUGGAUGCCCUUCUCAAGGUUCCCCUUGAUCUUCGCAAAACAAUGGCAUCCUCCAUCCUCGUUGUUGGCGGUACCCCUAUGCUACCGGGAUUCAUUAUAAGACUACAUUCCGAACUCCUUCGUGCCAUCCAACCUUCUCCCUUCGUCCCACGGCAUCCUGUGCGGCCAGAUAAACCACCCCCACCACAGUAUGACCGCUACGCCUCGCUUCGUCCCUUGACACCAUAUUUCGCCAUCGUCAACAAUCCUUCACCUGGGGAACCUCAUUCAGAUCGAGCCAAAAACAACGCUGGAAAGGCUCCGGCAUUCACACCGGCUACCAUGGCUUGGGUCGGUGCUUCGUUAGCCGGGUGAGUAGUUUCAUUUUUCGUAUGGUGCCUACGUUAAAGUUGCUACUAAAACUCUUCUCUUAGUGUUCUUAAAACUGGCGGGGUCGAAGUCAGCCGAGAGAAAUGGGACGAAGUUGAGCCGAUGGGGGGAGAGGACAGUGCCAUGGGAGAUAUGUCUACGUCUACUCCAUCUCAGUCUUUCCACGCAGAUCGUGAUUCGUUGCAUCAACGAAACAUCUUGCCUGACUGGACGAGGAUACCCUUACCGACUGGUGUACCAUCUGCUGUUACUCGCGUUGGAGCAUAGAACGAGCCAGUUCGAACUUUUGUAAACAUGUGUUAUACUUUAUUCAUGAACCGUGAGGUGAUUAUUCAACUACUUUAAUU